UGCAACGAAAGCCGGACCUAUAAUCUUUGCAGCCUUUGCCCGAAGCUUCAGGAUUUCUUCCAUUUUCUUCCCUUUUUCUUUUCCACCAUUUCCCCCAUUUUUUUCAAUUAUUCUUGCAUCAUGUUCGUUAGUACACACGUCAAUUUUCGUCGUCGCAGUACGAAGAACCUGGAAAUCUCCUUCUUGUCGGUUCUAGCAAUUCUUUCCCUUUUUCUGCGGUGAAUUGUAUGAUGCUGGCACUUGAAUCUGCCGUCAGAAUCUCCGAUGUCUCCUCCACCGAUCAUGUCCUCAAUGUCGCCGCAUUCGCCUUUGUCCCAAGGCCGAGAGGCUAACAUUUUGGAAGAUGGAAAUGAUCGCGCAUGUCGAUCGUCGAAAUUCCUUGUGAUUGGUCAUAGAGGAUUCGGGAUGAACAUCUUGCAAUCCUCUGAUUCGCGUUUUAAAUUAAUGAAGGAGAAUUCCAUUCCGUCCUUCAUGGCGGCCACUAGGUUUCCAAUCGAUUUCAUCGAAUUCGACGUUCAGGUAACCAAAGAUGGCUGCCCAGUCGUUUUCCAUGACUGUUUGAUUCUUACUGAGGAAAAGGGUGCUAUUGUGGAGAAAAGAGUUACAGAGCUCACGUUGGAAGAAUUUCUUUCAUAUGGGCCACAAGAUGAUCCUGGGAAGAUGGGCAAGCCUCUAUUUAGAAGGACCAUAGAUGGGGGAAUAUUUGACUGGAAAGUUGAAAGUGAUGCGCCGUUAUGCACACUGCGAGAAGCUUUUGCGAAAAUUGAUCAUUCGAUUGGUUUCAAUAUAGAAUUGAAGUUCGAUGAUCUGGUGGUUUACAAAGAGGAGCAACUUGCUCAUGUUCUCCAACAAAUCUUAAAGGUGGUGAAAGAGAAUGCCAAGGACAGACCUAUUAUAUUUUCAAGUUUUAUUCCAGAUGCUGCUCAGUUAGUUAAGAAACUUCAGAGCACCUACUCUGUAUUCUUCCUGACCAAUGGAGGAUCCAAACUUUACCCUGAUGUUAGAAGGAACUCGUUGGAGGAAGCCAUUAACGUGUGUAUGACAGGUUGUUUGCACGGUAUCGUUGCAGAAGUUUCAUCGAUUUUGAGAAAUCCUGCAGCAGUCAAUAGAAUCAGAAAUUCAGGACUCUCACUAAUAACCUACGGCCAACUAAAUAAUAUAGCAGAAGUUGUGUACGUGCAACGUUUGCUGAGGGUGGAGGGAGUAAUUGUUGACUUAGUACAAGAAAUCACAGAGGCCGUUUAUGGUAUCGUCUCUUCUUCCGUCCAGGAAGAAAUAGCAGUGAACAAACAUGAAGGUCCGAACGACACCCGACUUCUCCCAACAGCAAUUGAAGAUGAGAGCUUGCCUUCUGAUGAACAGCUAAAGCAGGUACGCUCGCAAAAGAUAAAUCUGAGUUCUCACAUUGAUAACAUAAUCCAAGUUUAUCAAUGUCAAUAAGCAUGAAGUUGAUAGCUAUGGCAUUCAGCAUUGAUAAUAUAAUCCAAGUUUAUCAAUGUAUGUAAAUAAAGCAUGAUCUAUAUUUAGCCAUUGUACCAUAUCCUUUUAUCCAUUCAAUUUUAUUUUCAUCCUUUUCUCUCUCAA